AUUGAGAUGCUGGAGCGUCUGUGGCUGUCUGGUAUCUGUCAUAAUGAUAAGAUUGAGGUGAUGAGCAGUAAGCUAGACAUAGACAACAUGGCGGGUGUCUUCUACAUGCUGUUGGUGGCUAUGGGGCUCAGUCUGCUGGUAUUUGCCUGGGAGCACCUGGUCUACUGGAGGCUCAGACACUGCAUGGCUACCACCUCCGGGAGACUGGACUUCCUACUGGCCAUCAGUAGGGGCAUGUACAGUUGUUGUAGCUUUGAGGAUGAAACCACGCCGGGUGGGGCCAAAUCCUCCAUGGCUAUGCUCCCCCACCAUCAUGGCACCAUGGUAACAGUCCCGCCCCCGCCACACUUGGUCGGUGCGUCGUCAACCAACCCGGCCCUGACCAUGGCGCAGCAGCAACAGUCACAGCCCGUCUACAAAACACAGAUGCCUGGAUCCCCUCCCACCGUGGUGCAUUCUGGGACGGCGCUGGGGCCCUCCAACACUCCCAUGCUGGGGGCGCCCCUGCCCUGCUCCACAUUCCUCCCCCGGCCCGAUCGCAGACUGGCCGUGGUGGACCGCUGGAGGCUGCCCAAGGCCGGGACCGCCACCAACCCCAUGGCCGUCCGCGGGGCCGUCGCAGACAUGGGGCCCUUCCCCCAGAAAGUGGCUCCAACCUGGGGCACGACAGCUGGAGGAGUGGGGGUUGGUGGUGGUGGUGGUGGGGGGCUGGAUGGAUAUAAACGCUACUAUGGACCCAUCGACCCUGAGGGUCUGGGGCCCUGUAUGGACCAGCCUGCAGGGUCUCAGACCCCCAAAACAGCCCCCAGGAGCCACCCUCAACCCCCUCCCGCCACUGUGGCCUUCUACUCAGAGAAAGGUCCUGACCAGGGGGUGGGGAAGAGGGUGGUGGGAGGUGGUGGUGCUGGGUGUCAGGGGAAGGGAGGGGUCAAACCUUUGGGGACGCCUCGGCUGCCUCCUAAAAGCCAAGCCGUGGGCGUGACCCCAGUCCCUCUGCCCACUAACCCGCUGCCACAACCCUCCCCCCCUCUCCCCUCAUCCUUUUGGAGGAAGCGCCGGCCCAAGAAGCCCAAAGAGCCAGGCGGACCUCUGUACGAGAACAUCCUACCGCUGGGGCGCAGGGGAGGAGGAAGGGAUGGAGCGAGGGAUGGUGGAGGGAGGAGGGGACGCCCACUCUCACCUCCUCUCCCACUCCCCGUAACUGUGCCCAUGUCCCCCACCUACACUCCCCCUUCCCCCUCCACCUCACUCCCCUACACCAGCUCAACUUCUUCCUCUUCUUCUAACACAUCGUCCACCUCUUCCUCUUCCUCCUCCUCUCGGUCCUCCUCUCCUUCCUCCUCCUCCUCCUUGACCUCUCAGAGCACGCGGGAAGGUUUGGACGCAGAGGAGGAAGAUGAGGAUGAGGAGCUGACCGAGGAGUCCAGUCUUCUGCUGGGGAGGGGGAGAGACAGACAGCGUUCAAUUAUCUCCUCUCGCUCCCUCAGUCACGGGCGCCAGCCACCACCUAUACCACCCCGAAAACCACGCCCUGCCCGAGGGGAGAGAGACAAGGAGAGAGAGAGGGAGAGAGGAGGUAGCCAGUUGGCCCAGUUACAGGAGUGGUGGGCGGGCUGGGGUGAGAGAGAGAGGGACCGCAGUGGAGGAGGAGAUGACGAGAGGAAACGAGAGAAGAAGAGGAGGAAAGAUAAAGAGAAGAAGAAAAAGAAGAAGAAGAGGAAAAAGAGGGAGGAGAGGGAACGAGAGAGAGACAAAGAGAGGAAGAGACGGAAGGUGAAAAAGAAGAGGAAGAAGAAGGCGCUGAAGACAAAGAAGAGGAAGAAAUCGUCUGGGCGUUCGGAGCAAGAAGAGGGGGAUGUGGAGGCAGAUAGGGAGGGGGUGGGGGAUGGAGGGAGAGAAGGAGUGAUGCCAGACUACUCUUCCUUUCCAACCCAGUAUCGUAGUACUUUUGGGGAGAAAGGGAGAGAGUCAGCAUGGGCAGGAGAGAGGGAGCGAGAAAGGAGGGAGGGAGAAGAGGAAGAGGGGGGUGAUAGAGAGGAGGAUAGCAGCAGGAGCAGGGCGAGGCGACCCAAAUCAUCGCGUUCCCACUCCAGACAUCGACCCCCCAGUAAGCUCUACCCCAAACUCCCUGCCUCGGUCAAGUUCUGGGUGAGUGGAGGAAACGGGGAAGGGGGGGACCCCAACUCUGGAACACACCCCUCCUCCCUGCCUCCCCUCAUCCCACUCUCCAAGAGGCGGAGGAGUGGAGGGGUGGAGAGAAGGGAGGGAGGGAGAGAAGGAGAGAAGAGGCCUCUGUUGAUGCACUAUGAGAAAGGCAGGGCUAACACCCAGGAGGGGCUCUCCUUCCAUGAGUGGGACUCUGAGGAGGAUGAAGAGGAAGAUGUGGGGGAGGAGAGGCAGAGAGACAGAGCCAGGGAACGGGUGGAGGAGAGGGUGAGGAGGGCGGGUGGGAGAGGUGCUGUGUCAGAGUCAGAAAGAGACAGGGCGAGAGCAGAGGAGAGUUACUCUGAUGAGGGCUCAUCAGGGGAGUUUGGGCGAUUUGAGAGAGAGAAAGGGGGCAGCAUCAACAGCAGAGACGACUCUAUACUAGGGCGAGUGGAGGGCUGGGGGGGGGUGGGGGGAGAUUCUUGGGGUUCAGGGCCAGGAGUAGGGUGGGCGUCAGGGGGUGGGAGUGGAGGUCUGGGGUCCCAGUGGCCCCCUCCUCCAGCAAACCUCCCGCCCCCCCGACGGUACUGGUCUGUGGACAAACUCCCAAUGAAGGGAGAGAAGAAGUGGAAAAGGGGAGGAAGGGGGAAGGGCAAGGGACGCGCACGAGACAGGAACCAGGGGUCUGGGGUGUCAUGUUCAUGUAGUCAGUACCCCCACCCCCAUGUGCACCCGAACCCCCAAGGGCGGUCACACGGCCAUAGGAAGAGAGGAAGCACGGCCCUGUCCCACAGCCAGGAGGAGCUGCUCCCCCACUGCCACAGCUUCAGCGGGGGCUCACGGCCCAAACCCCCUCCCAAACCAGACCAGGGCCAGGCCAAGUCAGGCAGCCAGGCCAGUCUCAGCACACAGCAGCCAGGAGUGUUAGUGGACCACCCCCCUCAGCCCUCCCUCUCGCCCCCUCAACCCCAACCUAGUGUCCCUUCCUCAUCCUCCUCCCUGCCGGUGCCCAUCCCUCCUCCUCCCUCCUCGUCCUCUGCCUCGGCCAGUGCUAAGCUCCUGUACCAGAGACUACGGUCAGUUCCUCAGCCCGGACGCUUCUACUCCCCCCACCUGCCACUCAAGGCCAAGAGCCUAUGCUCCCGACGAGGCUCCGCCCAUUUCUCCAGCCUGGAGAGCGAGGUAUGA